AUGGAUGAGGUAUACGAAGAGCUGGCGCUUGAGGUUUCUAGAAGACCUAGGCAGAGCAGGUUCCUUAUAGCGAUUGCCGCUCAGUUGAGUCAAAUGCCAGACCCUGAACUGGCACACAAACGGCGAGGUGCUCCAUUCACAUUCGCUCCUGAGCUACUGGCAUCACUCGUGAAUCGGCUCAAGGAACAGCCAUCAGUGAUAACAAAGGCUCCCAGUUUUAAUCACGCGCUGAAGGACCCGAAAGAAGAUGACAUUACAAUUCUACCCAGUCAUAAAAUCAUAUUGUUUGAGGGUCUUUAUCUACAAUUGUCGUUGCCAGUGUGGGCGGAUAUAGCACAUGCUAUGGACGAGCUGUGGUUUCUUGAUUGUGAUGUUGGGGUUGCAAGGGAACGCGUUGCUCAGCGGCAUCUUGCUAGUGGCUUGGUCUCCACUGUAAAGGCUGGAUAUGAACGGUUUGACAGUAACGAUGGACCGAAUGGCGAGUUCAUACUAGCAAACAGUGUCAAACCAACUAAAGUCAUCAAGUCAAUCAAUACGUAG